CUAUCAUCUGUGCUACUGCAUUGAUUUCCUAGCUUUUUAACCUGGAAAUCUUCUUCAGACAUGAUAAUAUCGCGUCACACCCUGAAGCGUCGCAUCCUCGCUGCGACUGCCACCUCGUCCGUUACAUCGACUUCUGCCAAAGCUGGUUCUAUCUCUGGUAUCAAACGUGAAACAUCAUCUUUAGCGAGCCAUAAUGAUAUCACUGCGACACGAAGAAGAAUGAUCGAUGGGUUAGGACCCACGGAGCCGGGGGUUAGAAGAUUCGCUUCAUUCGCCGACAGCCCAUCCUUGCCUUUAUCCCCUCGGAAACCCCACUUCGACAAGAUACUCAUAGCAAAUCGUGGCGAGAUCGCAUGCCGUGUAAUCCGAACAGCGAAGAAGCUGGGUAUCAAGACUGUCGCUGUGUAUAGUGAAGUCGAUGCGGAUUCGAUGCACGUCGGUUUGGCCGAUGAGGCAUACUGCAUUGGGCCCGCCCAAUCGUCCGAGAGUUAUCUUCGGAAAGACAAGAUCAUCGAAGUCUGUCAUAGGAGCGGCGCUCAAGCUGUUCAUCCUGGAUACGGAUUCCUGAGCGAGAACGCCGAUUUUGCGGAACAGCUUGUUAAGGAGGGUAUCGUGUUUAUCGGCCCUCCAGCCAGCGCCAUCGUUAGCAUGGGAUCGAAGAGUGAAUCGAAGACGAUCAUGUCCAAUGCUGGCGUGCCUUGUGUCCCGGGAUAUCAUGGGACGAACCAAGACCCCGAGUAUCUCUUCGAAGAAGCACAGAAGAUCGGCAUGUCUCUCUCGCGCUUCCCUGUCCUCAUUAAGGCCGUCCACGGCGGUGGUGGCAAAGGAAUGCGCACAGUUUCUCCCCCAUCUAAUACAACAGAAUGGGAUUCCAGAACUGCCUUCCUCGAAGCGCUACAGUCCGCCCAGCGAGAGUCCUUAAAGUCCUUCGGCGAUGAUACAGUUCUCGUCGAGAAGUACAUUGAAAGACCGAGACAUGUGGAGGUGCAGGUGUUUGCGGAUGAGAGGGGCGACACUGUCAGUCUCUGGGAGAGGGAUUGUUCGGUCCAGAGGAGGAACCAGAAGAUAAUUGAGGAAGCGCCGGCGCCAGGACUUUCGCCGGAGUUGAGAGCGGAUCUGAGCGAGAAGGCGGUUGCGGCCGCGAAAGCGGUGAAUUAUGUAGGGGUGGGGACUGUUGAGUUCAUCUUUGACAAUGAUACGAAUAGGUUCUAUUUUAUGGAGAUGAAUACGAGAUUGCAAGUCGAGCAUCCCGUUACAGAGAUGAUCACAGGCCUUGAUCUCGUUGAGUGGCAACUCGAGGUAGCAGCAGGUAACCCGCUCCCGAUGGACCAAUCCUCCAUCCCGCUCGUAGGUCAUGCCUUCGAAGCGCGUAUAUACGCAGAGAACCCCCGCAACGAUUUCCUGCCCGACUCUGGCCGGCUCCUCUACCUCUCCACUCCAACGCCUACACAUAUUUUCGCUCCUACUCUUCCUCCAGCUACGACUCCUAUUCUCCCGACACACUCUAAUAACGCCGAUCUUUCUCGCAUUGCAGCUCUUGCGCCCUCGACACCUACACAAACAUUCGGCCCGACGCGUUUCACCCCGUCCGUCCGCCUCGAACAAGGUUUCACACAAGGUGCCCAGAUUGGCGUGUUUUACGACCCGAUGAUCGCCAAGCUUGUGGUUCAUGCGGAGGAUAGGACAGAGGCGCUGAGGGUAUUGAGGAAGGCGUUGGAGGAGUAUAAGGUUGUGGGCGUGAAGACUAAUGUGGAGUUCUUGAGGACGUUGGCGGGAUGCGAGGGCUUUGUGAAGGGAGAGGUUGAAACGGGUUUUAUCAAGAAACAUAAGGAGGAGCUGUUCCCGCUCUUGGACGAGCCGUCAGCGGAGGUUCUAGCCCAGGCAGCGUUGUACGUGGUGUUGAGAGACCACCCAGCCAUGCCUUCGUCCGCGAUACUUACAUCUCCAUGGCUCACCCUGCCCUCCCGACGAUUCGGAGGAGACAUAUACGAACGCACCAUCAUCUUCCAAUCCGAAGAUUCGUACUCCCCGGAUUCUGACUCUCUUAAUACGGCAAACACGGUAAAAGUCAAGUGCCUGUCUUCCGGUCUCUUCGACGUUAUCGUUACUACCACCGAUGGCAAGGAGACAGAGUAUAAGGGAGUGCAAGCAAAGCUAGAUUCCUCGACCGGAGGGACAGCAUUAGAGGCCAUGUUGGAUGGGAGGAAUGCGAGAUCGACUAUUGUUUCUCAGGCCCCACCUCCCGCUGUCCCUGCAUCAACUUCACCGGCCACUAUGGAGCGUUUGCACGUCUUCUCUCCCUCCUCACUCUCUGAAUCCAACACUCAACAACGUCACACCCUCAUAAUUCCUACUCCCUCUUGGCUCCUCUCUCUCGGCUCCGAUAUCCUGUCCCACUCCCACACCAAAGAUCUCGGAACCCUUCGUGCUCCUAUGCCCUCCCUUGUCGUGGACGUGAAAGUCGAGGUCGGACAGAGAGUGGAGAAAGGGAUGGUGGCGGUGGUAUUGGAGAGUAUGAAGACGGAGACGGUGGUUAGGGUCGAUGUAGCGGGUGUGGUGACGAGUGUGGGGUGUGGGAAAGGGGAAAUGGUGGAGGAGGGGAAGGAACUGGUAAGGGUUGAAGUUGAAGAAGUCGAUAAGGUCAAGGAGGCAGAUGAAGGGAAGGGUGUAGAAGAGGUGCCUGGAGCUGCGAUUUGAACUUUUGAUCGGACUAUUCUCUCGGGAACUGAGAUAAGUGUACAGGUGGUCACAGAAACACAUGGCCGUGUAAGUAUGUAUGAUAGUAAGACUGUGUAUAUGGAAUUGUACAUAUACCGGAGCUGGAACAAGGCGCACAAUGUUCAGUAACUUGCUUUCAGUGGC